GAUAAUUAUUGUAAACUGCCUGCAUUUUAAGAUUGUAUUUUUGUUAUGUUUCAGUUUGAUUAGGUUUCAUAGUCAUAAUGGUUGUUGAUAAAGAUACAGCUGAUGUCGAGAUGACAGAGACAUCUCAAACACUCGAUACGGGCAAUGUAGAGCCACAACCAGACAAUAUUAUAUCAGACCCCACCAAAGUAUCUCAGUUGGAGGUAAGUAACAUGGCAAGCAAGACUUCGUCCAGCUCUCCUCAUAAAUCAAACAAGAAGAAAAAUAAUAAAAGAAAUAAAAGUAAACAGAAGAAGGAUGCUCCUCUUCAAGCUAAAAUUGAAGACAAAAAAGAAGCUCGAAAACGCAAAAUUGCCGAGAAGAAAUCAUUCAAACAAGGUGUUCCCCUGUCGGGCAAAUGGUGGAAAGAUAAUGAAAGAAAAAAGUUUUCCAGCAUCAAGAACAACGACCUGAAGAUAUCCAGGAACUUGGCUCUCAUCCAGGCACAGAGGGCGGAGAAGAAGUUCUUGCUGGAACACAAGCGCAACGCCAUGGCUGAGAAGGAGGCCGAGAGGGAGAAGAAGAGAGAGAAGAGGAAGAUCAACCAGAUCAGGACCCUUGAAAAUCAGCUCAAGUCGGAGAAAUUGCAAAUUAUCAGAAAUCCUCACACAAUCAAGAAUAUGAAGAGAAAUCAACGAAAAUCUAUCGAGACGAGGGACCUGAGUUUGAUCAAACCUCAGAAUAUUCAGAACUAAAUUUCAGUCGCUUGA